GUGCAAUCAGGGUUGGGUCUUGGGUUUUGUUGUUAUCUAUUUACAGCGAUUGGUUGCGGUCUGCUUCAUGCUUUACAAACGGCCCGGGGAAGGGCGUGUACUCGGGUUUCGAGAAUGGCAUUUGACCACACUCUUGAUACCUUUUAGCUUUAUUCUAGCCAUCUUUUGCUUACUGAAGUUCGCCUCUUCAAGUUCAGCUGUGUUCAACCUGAGUCCACUUGGCGCGACACGUUUCACACCAAAUCGCGUUGCUUGUGUUCCAAAUGCCUCUCAAAUCAUUGAAGAGAAAUGUUCCCAUUCAGUAAGAAGGAACAAUGGAUUGACAACUGAUGUCGAGUGGGAUGACACCUCGCUUUUCAUUCGAGGCCAGCGGGUCUUCAUAUGGUCAGGAGAGUUCCAUCCAUGGCGUCUUCCAGUACCAGAGAUGUGGCGCGACAUUCUAGAAAAAAUGGUAGCAUUGGGUCUGAACACCGUCAGUAUUCCCGUCCACUGGGGGCUUGUGAACCCGGCACCUGGGAUAUUUGAUUUUAAUGGCUAUCGAGACCUCAAGGCUUUCUGUGAACUAGCACUCGAUGUUGGAUUAUGGGUAAUUCUGCGACCCGACACCUCUGCUGGUGGUUUGCCCCACUGGGUCAUCUCGACAACUUCGGGCCAGCUUAGAGCUAAUACGACAGAAUAUGCUGAGAAAUGGAGGCCAUACAUACGUGCCGUCUGCCAAAUUGCCAAGGUUUAUCAAGUCUCAUUGGGAGGCCCAAUAAUCGCCGUCCAAGUUGAAAACAAGUAUAUGGAAGACGAUAGGGCAGGACAUGCUGGAAAUGCUGAUAUGAUGCUGGAUAUCGAGAAUGAGAUGCGAAUGAACGGGAUCGUUGGAUUCGAUUGCUCUCGUCCAGAGAUCUGGAAAUCAGUUGUUGAGAAUUACUACGAUUAUCACAUGAAUACUAAUCCCUAUCAGCCUUGGUUUACACCAGAAUUUCAAGCAGGUGCACCCGAUGCCUGGGGACCAGGCUCUGCUGGAUAUGAUGCGUGCGCCGAACUGACUGGGCCAGAGUUUGAAUCCGUAUUCUACCGAAACUUGCUUGCGGCUAAUUUCAAGUUGAUCAACUUGUACAUGAUAUAUGGGGGCACCUCAUGGGGAUAUCUGUCCUACCCUGGCGUAAUCCCGCUCUUGCGGCCAGGAAAGGCAGCGGAACUCAAACGACAGACCUUGUUUGUUCGCUCCACUCCUGAAUUCUAUAACACUGUUGUGGUUGGUAACUCAUCCUCGAGCAGUGGUGUAGUUCGCUUUCGUGGAAGACGGAAUAUGGAUAUAUUCGGGACGCUUUUGAGAAACCCAGACACCGGUGCGCAAUUUUAUGUUAUGAGGCAUUUGACUUCAAACGCGACGGGAGCUCUUGGUGCCUCAGACUGGCCCUUUAUGUUGCUGGCUGGGCGAGAAUCGAAAAUGGUGAUAACUGAUCUCACAUUUGGCGUCGCUUCAAAGCUUCUGUAUUCCACCGCACAGGUUCUUUGGGCAGGGAGGAUUGGCGAUCGCGAUGCUCUUGUCCUCCAUGGUGCGACUGGGCAGUUCCAUGAAGCGGCUGUUAGGUUCCCGCCCUCACGACACAUCACUGCCCAGCAUCCGUUAAUCCACGUGUUGGAGGAUAAGGCAAGGGGUGCGAAUCUUAUCACUAUUCAACCAGGAGUGAAGGGUUUGGUAGUGAUCUGGGACUCACUCGAACAGAUCAUCUUGUACGCUGAUACUGAGACCGCUGGAACACUUUGGUUCCCUAGGAUAGUGGCACCUAGAAAUUUGAUGAACAAUCCAGGGCCAAAUACAAGUCUUCUAGUUAGCGGACCCUAUCUUGUACGGGAUGCAAAGUUCGCGGAUGGGGAUGGCACGGCAUUGAAUCUUCGUGGGGACUUGAUCGAAGGUGUCAGACUGGUUCUUGUCGGGUUACCUCCAACUGUUCGAAGAUUGACCUGGAAUGGCCAGUUAAUCGAAGCAGACAUAGCUCCCGCUUUUUCAACUGCCAACCAAGCAAGACUUAGCACAUCAUUCGGCUCCACUUCAUUUGUUGAAGCUACUCUGACUUACAGGGCCGGCCAUCUUAGCAAUGCACAUGGUGAAAACAAUCCAUUCGAUCCGCCCAAGCUUCUCGAUUGGAUGUAUACGGAUGCUCUGCCCGAGAUACUCGCCAACUUCUCAGACGCCGACUGGACUCUGGCGGAUCACAGGCUCACGAAUUCUCCAUACAAACCGUAUGGAGGCCCCAAUGCGACAAAUCUUUAUGGAUGUGAUUAUGGAUUGUUAGUUAAAGUGGAUUUCAGUGCCGAUUCCCCUCUGCGAGGAAUUACGAUAUAUCGUGGCCAUUUCCAUGCGACUGGAUUGGAGCAAGCCACGAGGCUCAGCCUUGCCGGAGGUCAAGGGUUUGCCGCGAGCGUCUGGAUCAAUGAUGUCUUUCUGGGGACUGAGUGCGGCAAUGUGAUUGCUGAGCAGAAUCAAACAUUCAUAUUUCCAAACUCUUCUGUUGUCAAAAAUGAAAAUGUUUUGACAAUUGUCUUGGAUAAUAUGGGUUUUGACGAGUCGGAGGGCUGGAAUCCCGAUUCGGCCAAAUCGGUCCGGGGAAUCCGUGAUUACGAACUCAUUGGAGGGAAGUUCUCUUCAUGGCGCCUUCAGGGAAAGCUGGGUGGCUUCAUGGGAUAUCGAGACAAGUUUAGGGGGGUCUUAAACGAGGGUGGCUCGUAUCCUGAGAGGAUGGGAUGGCACCUUCCCGAGUUUGAUACUUCGUCGUGGCUCUUGCGGUCGCUCAGCGAGGGCCUGCCUCGAGGCGGGGCGGGACUUGGUUUAUUUGUCACUAAUUUCACUCUCAACAUUCCCACUGGUUUUGACGUGCCUAUGUCUUUCGUCUUCGAUCACGUCGACCAGCCGUAUCGAGCCCUUCUGUUUGCCAAUGGUUGGAUGAUGGGCAAAAGAGUUGCGAACCUAGGCCCUCAGUACAAAUUCCCUGUUCACCAGGGUAUUAUCAAUUACCGUGGCGUGAAUACGGUGGCAGUCCUCCUGUGGGUUCUUGAGGAUGCUAUCGUCAAUCCAUCGCUCAAGCUGGUAUAUGACGCCGUGAUAGACGGAGGUAUUAACGAGUGGUAAUUUUGGACCAAUUGAGUCACCGGUAAAAUCCGACUCCCCAACGCUGAAGCUCAAAGUGUGGAAUAUGCUUACUCAUUGGUACAUAUCGGGCAUGUAGCCCUAACUAUCCUUCCAUACUGCGAGGACAGCUCCCAGCCC